AUGGACAUAUGCCGUCUUCUCAACACGCAAAGUCCUUCGCCAGGCCGUGCUGCAACGGUCACCGCAGCUAUUGCCGCCAAUGACCCAAGAGACGAUGACUACACUGGAGCUACGAUCCCACAACUGCCGCCAUCGACACUCUUUGACACGUACGAUGACCUCUUUGCCUUCCUCCGCAAUUUCCACCUUUCCAAUGGCGCCGCAAUAGUGAAGGCUUCUAGCUCCUCAAGGCGGGAUAUCGGGGGCAUCAUCCAGCCAAGCCACGUCGUCUUCAAAUGCGACCGCGGCCCGCGACGGCCGUCACAAAGCUCAGGUCUCAGAAAGCCGUCAUCUCAGAAGCUUGAUUGUCUCGUCAAAAUCACGGCCAAGGCCACCAAGUCGUCUAACUAG